CUCUCCCACUCUGUAUACAACCGCAACGCCUCUUCGCUUUUACUUUCGUCUCACACUCUUCACACACUCUCUCUCGCACACAGACAUACAGAAGGAUACGCAUAGCUCGCGGUUUAUCUCUCCCAGAUGGAACUCUGGUGCAGGAGUAGGACAAUGUGGCUUCUUCUAGGGUUUCUCAUUUCUGUUUCUUUGUUCCAGGUCUCAAUUACCUUAUCUGUAGUGAACGCAGAGAUGUCAGACGCGCGGUUUCUUUUGACGUCCGCUGCCACAUCAGGGGAAAGACAUACUGAAGACCAUUGUGCGAUGUAUGACAUAUGUGGAAAACGUACGGAUGGAAAAGUUUUGAACUGUCCUUUCGGUUCCCCUGCUAUGAAGCCAGAUGAGUUGCUUUCGUCAAAGAUCCAAAGUUUAUGCCCAACAAUCACUGGCAAUGUUUGUUGCACAGAAGCUCAGUUUGACACAUUACGAACCCAAGUCCAGCAAGCAAUUCCUUUCCUUGUAGGUUGUCCAGCUUGCUUGAGAAACUUUUUGAAUCUGUUCUGUGAGCUUACCUGCUCUCCGAAUCAGAGUUUAUUUAUCAAUGUGACUUCUGUUUCCAAGGUUAAUAGCAAUUUGACCGUGGAUGGGAUUGAUUUUUAUAUAACUGAUGCUUUUGGUGAAGGAUUAUAUGACUCCUGCAAGGAUGUAAAGUAUGGUACCAUGAACUCCCGAGCUCUAGAAUUUAUUGGUGCUGGUGCUCAAAAUUUUAAAGAGUGGUUUGCAUUUAUUGGUAGACAGGCAGGGCUAACUUUGCCAGGUUCGCCAUAUGCCAUUAUGUUCCGUCCAAAUCCUGCCGAGUCAUCUGGAAUGAAACCUAUGAAUGUUACUUCUUAUUCAUGUGGUGAUAUUUCAAUGCGCUGUUCUUGUGGUGAUUGUCCUUCAUCUCCAGUAUGUACUAAUACUUCUCCUUCUGCUACCCACAAAAGUGGUUCUUGUUCAGUGAGAAUUGGGUCUCUUAAGGCCAAAUGUAUUGACUUUGCAUUAGCAAUCCUGUAUGUCAUACUGGUUUCUAUAUUCUUAGGAUGGGGUUUAUUUCAUCAUACAAGAGAAAGGAACCCGCAUUCUAGAACAAAACCAGUGUUGAAUGCAAUGGAUGUUGGUCAACUCCAUUCUGUUAACAGGAAAAAGGAUGAGAACUUCCCCAUGCAGAUGCUUGAAGAUUCUCCUCAAAUUAGAAAUGGGGUCCGGCUUUCAGUCGUGCAAGGAUACAUGUCAAACUUUUACAGGAGAUAUGGAACAUGGGUUGCUAGAAAUCCGACCUUGGUUUUGUGUUCAUCAUUGGCUGUAGUUCUUAUGCUUUGUUUCGGUCUAAUCCGUUUCAAGGUGGAGACGCGGCCUGAGAAGCUAUGGGUUGGGCCUGGGAGUAGAGCUGCAGAAGAGAAGCAAUUUUUUGACAGCCACCUAGCCCCUUUUUACAGAAUUGAACAGAUUAUAUUAGCAACAAUCCCAGAUGCUAUGGAUGGUAGAUCACCAAAUAUAGUGACUGAGAGCAACAUUAAGUUACUGUUUGAGAUACAAAAGAAGGUUGAUGGAAUUCAUGCAAAUUAUUCAGGAUCAAUGAUAAGCCUCAGUGAUAUUUGUAUGAAACCACUGGACCAGGAUUGUGCCACUCAAAGUGUUUUACAGUAUUUUAAAAUGGAUCCUGAAAAUUAUGACAAUUAUGGGGGAGUUGAACACCUUGAGUAUUGUUUUCAGCAUUAUUCCUCUGCAGACAAAUGCAUGAGUGCAUUUAAAGCUCCUUUAGAUCCAAGCACUGCAUUGGGAGGUUUCCCCGCAAACAAUUAUUCUGAGGCUUCUGCAUUCAUAGUUACUUAUCCUGUAAAUAAUGCUAUUGACAAAGAAGGAAAUGAAACUCAAAGAGCAGUGGCUUGGGAGAAGGCUUUUAUUCAGUUAAUGAAGGAUGAGUUGUUGCCGUUGGUGCAGUCUCAAAAUUUAACACUUUCUUUUUCCUCGGAAAGCUCUAUUGAGGAAGAAUUGAAAAGAGAAAGUACCGCAGAUGCCAUUACUAUAGUGAUAAGCUAUCUCGUGAUGUUUGCUUACAUUUCUCUUACUUUGGGUGAUACACCUCGUUUAUCUUCUUUUUAUAUUUCAUCCAAGAUGUUGCUUGGUUUCUCUGGAGUCAUUCUUGUCAUGCUGUCCGUUCUUGCAUCAGUCGGAUUCUUUAGCGUCAUUGGAGUAAAAUCGACACUGAUCAUUAUGGAAGUUAUUCCUUUUCUUGUUCUAGCUGUGGGGGUGGAUAAUAUGUGUAUACUGGUGCAUGCUGUCAAGCGGCAACCAUUAGAGUUGCCUUUAGAAGGACGGAUAAGCAAUGCACUUGUGGAAGUAGGGCCAUCCAUAACACUAGCCAGUCUCUCAGAGGUUUUAGCUUUCGCAGUUGGAAGUUUUAUUCCUAUGCCGGCUUGCCGUGUGUUCUCCAUGUUUGCAGCAUUGGCUGUUCUUCUCGACUUCCUUCUGCAAGUUACAGCUUUCGUUGCUUUAAUUGUUUUUGACUUUCUCCGAGCUGAGGAUAGGAGGGUUGAUUGUUUUCCAUGUAUAAAAGUUUCUUCAUCAGAUGUGGACUCUGAUAAAGGCAUUGGGCAGAGAAAGCCAGGAUUGCUGGUUCGUUAUAUGAAGGAAGUCCACGCACCCUUCCUCAGUUUUUGGGGAGUAAAAAUAGUUGUCAUUUCAGUCUUUGUUGGAUAUGCAUUGGCUAGUAUUGCAUUAUGCACUAGGAUUCAACCUGGUUUGGAACAAAAGAUUGUUCUUCCUCGAGACUCCUAUCUUCAGGGAUAUUUGAAUGAUGUUUCAGAGUAUCUCAGAGUUGGACCCCCGCUAUAUUUUGUUGUGAAGAACUAUAACUAUAGCUCAGAAUCAAGACAUACAAACCAGUUAUGCUCCAUCAGCCAAUGUGAUUCAGACUCCCUUUUAAAUGAGAUUGCCAGAGAAUCCUUAACACCAGACUCAAGUUACAUUGCUAAGCCAGCUGCUUCAUGGCUUGAUGAUUUUCUUCUGUGGAUGUCUCCAGAAGCAUUUGGGUGCUGUCGAAAGUUCACGAAUCAGAGUUAUUGCCCCCCUGAUGACCAGCCUCCCUGCUGUUCUCCUAAUGAAGUUUCUUGUGGCCUGGAUGGAGUAUGCAAAGAUUGUACCACGUGCUUUCGUCACUCAGAUUUGCAUAAUGACCGUCCAUCUACAGUACAAUUUAAGGAGAAACUCCCAUGGUUUCUGAAUUCCCUACCCUCUGCUGCUUGUGCCAAAGGUGGCCAUGGGGCUUACACUAGUAGUGUGGAACUGAAAGGAUAUGAGAAUAAUGUUAUUCCAGCAUCUUCAUUCCGUACGUAUCAUACACCCCUCAACAGGCAGAUCGACUAUGUUAAUUCAAUGAGGGCUGCUCGAGAGUUCACAUCAAAGAUUUCUGAUUCUCUGAAGAUUGAGAUCUUCCCAUAUUCAGUCUUUUAUAUGUUUUUUGAGCAAUACCUUGAUAUAUGGAGGACAGCUCUGAUCAAUCUCGCUAUUGCUAUUGGUGCAGUGUUUAUUGUUUGCUUAGUCAUCACAUGCAGUUUUUGGAGUUCAGCAAUUAUUUUUCUUGUGUUAGCAAUGAUUCUCGUAGAUCUCAUGGGUGUGAUGGCAAUUCUGGAUAUACAAUUGAAUGCAGUCUCUGUAGUUAACCUUGUUAUGUCAGUGGGCAUUGCUGUUGAGUUUUGUGUGCAUAUGACACAUGCUUUCUCGGUAAGCAGUGGAGAUAAGGAACAACGCACUAAGGAAGCUCUGGGUACGAUGGGUGCAUCUGUCUUCAGUGGAAUUACGCUGACAAAGCUAGUUGGGGUGAUCGUUCUUUGUUUCUCAAGGACAGAAAUUUUUGUGGUCUAUUACUUCCAAAUGUACCUCGCAUUGGUCCUCCUUGGUUUCUUGCAUGGACUUGUUUUCUUACCUGUAUUUUUGAGCAUAUUUGGUCCACCGUCAAGAUGCGUGCUUGUGGAGCAGCUAGAAGAUCAUACGUCUUCUUCUUCAUCACAGCUGUAGUCAGACUUUUUUUGUAGGUUAUAAUCCUUCCCUUUGAAAUUUCAUGUAUCAUUAGUGCAAGAAAAUAUCUCCAGUAGCUUCCAACACGUAGUAUAUAAGGAUCUUUCGACAAGGAAAAAUAAAAGGGGACAAAAAGGCAUCGAAUUUUACCUUUUAUGUCACUUUAGUAAUGGGAGCUAUGGAAAGAGAAGUAAAUAACUUUUGUUUGUCUUUUGGUCCAUCAAGGUUGAUAGGUUCUUUUCUGUACGGCUAAUGGCGGUGACAUGCACUGACCCAGAUGGCAAUUAGAGCACUUCUUGAUGUACAAUUUAGAUGAACUAGAAAAAAAAAUUGUGAUAACAUCUAUGAAAGAAUUCAAAAAUGAACAUUGAAAGCA